AUGGAUUUCAAGUCCAGCUAUGGAACAGUCCUUGCUUUCUUUGUGCCCUCAUCAAUGUCGAAAAUAAUCGCCAGCCUCUUACUCUUUACCGCCGCAUUUUGUCUUCGCCGAAUUUUGAAAGUUCAGGAUAAUGAACCACCCCAGGGAACAAACCUUCACUACUCAAGAAAGUCGAGGUUUAUCCCCUCCGCCAUCAAGCCGAUUGCCAAAGAUUCAGGAUUUCAUGAGCUAGAAUUUUACAAAAGUCUUUUCUUCAAACUGCAAAAUGUGGAGUAUCAUUCGGAAGUUCUCCCGCUUGCACGGCAGGGAAUCUUGUUUCUACUAUCCGAAGCAUUACGCGAUUAUACAAAAAGAGAGUCUCAUUCGAGCAUCAUAUCGAUGGUGAAUUUCAACAAAGAAGAGCUAUCCCAGUUUCUACAAAAUCACCAGAAGAACGUCACAGAUAAAUACGAAAAAUAUAUUGCGAAGAGGAAUGCGGGUGGGUUUCGCCAAUUGGUCCGCGACCGACAGGAUGCAGAAUCAUGGCUCAGGAAGAUUGCCCCGUUGAAGCUGGUUGAUGGGGCUUGGCUGGGCCAUUUGAACAAAAUCACUAUACCAUUUUCCUUCCGUCCAAUCAUGAAGAAAACGUGGCAGGUGUUCACUGAGGAGCUUGGAGAUGGUAAUCUUCUUCAGCACCACGUUCACAUCUUUGAAAACCUCUUGCGUGUUUUUGAGCCGGAAUUGCCCUCCGCAACGACAGAGGAAAUCCUUCACCCUAGAUUGAAUUUCAACAGUAUCAAGUACUGGAGAGCAGCCGCAGCUCAAUUAAUGAUAUCCGCCUUUUCGGCAGACUUUUUUCCGGAGAUACUGGGGUUCAACAUGCACUUCGAAAUGCUCCAGCUGGAUACAAUGCAAGCGGCAAAGGAGCUACCAGAAGUUGGACUCGAUCCAUACUACUUUAUUCUUCAUAUUUCUAUUGAUAACAGCCAUUCUGGUCAUGCUGCUAUGUCUAUGGACUGCGUCGUGGACUAUGUACAAAAGAUUUUGGAUUUGGAAGGCGAAAAAGCCGCUCACACUGCGUGGCGGCGCAUUCAAGCAGGAUACGUCUUGAGUGAAUGGUUAGGUUCUGAGGGGAUUCAAACAGCAGAUAUCCGGUACAAACUUGACUCUUCGCCGUGUGAUCAGCUUGAAUCCAGGAUAUGCGAGAUAUUUCGUGCCAAGGCUCAAGCUGCGCAGGGAAUACACACCGGAUGUAAAGCAAAAAUUGGGGGUCGCUCUCUUGACGACUGGCUUAGUCUAAGGAGCUUGCAAGACGAAGACUGGCAACCGAAUUUUCUUCGAGCUCUGGCCGCCUCUACGCCAUGGGUUUAUCCCGGUGAGAGCAAAAAGAGCAGGCUAGUGAAAGAAUGCUGCUGGGGUGGUAAGAUGUUUGGUGCCUUCACAAGGGAAGAGGUAUCCACUUUACAACAAUGGAUCGACUCUCUAGAGCCACGUCGGAAUCUAUUUUAUUUUGACUUUGUUGGUCUUUCGGAGGACAUCCAUUGCCGGGACUGCAGUCGCUCGAAUAUUCUAUCUCAGAAAACAUCUGGGUCAUUGAACUCCACAGACCUGACAGAUGAGAUUACACCUUUGCUACACCACCCACAACUAUCAUCAACCUGGCCCAAACUCAGUGCGAGUGAUCUUGAUUUACCACUUUUGCUGCCUCUUUGGUUCUCUCAGUGCAGCCUCCUAGAGUCGUUUGUAUACGCCCCGGGGAGGACCGCAGACCCCAUGGGGUGCGCAGUGGUGCGCUUGUUACGAGCUCAGCUUGGAUUUGAGAUAGAGCAUACGGUGAUCACAGGGAUAGAUGAGUCGCACACCGGAAAUGACAAUGGUAUUGUUGGGAUUGGCCUGGAGAUGAUUAAACGAGCAUCUCUCCUUGCUCCCGCUGACCUGUCGAUGCUUCUCGUUUGCUGGCCCUCCGAGUUUGCAGAAAAGAUGCUUCGGCUAUCGUCAAAACCACUCCAAAACUUGGGUGUUCUACUUGGUAUCUUCGCCGCGUUACUUGAGCUCCAGGGGAUCAUCGCAGAAGCACCUAAUGUUGGACUACUUUCGCCGGAAAGUUAUGUUCAUUUGCAGGUUCUUUUUCGUCGGCAAUGUCACUAUUUACAAGAGUGCAAGCAAUACGUAUCCACAGAUGAGUGGCUGCUUGUGGAUUAUUCGUAUGGGUAUGCUAUGGCGAAAACGGAGACAGCCAAAUGUGUUAAGCUUAAUAGAGGAUAG